AUGUCUUCUGCAUUGGAACGCUAUGUUAGCGACAACGCACUUUUGUUAUUUGGCACUGUAGACCGUAGCAUGAUUGAAUAUGUUAUUGCUACUGCUUCAUCUUCCAAAACACCCGAAGGAUUAUUCAGCGCUCUUCAUGCUCAAGGCCUGCCAAACACACCGGAUGCUCAUACAUUCAUUUCAACACUCUUUGAAAAAGCUCCUCGGAAGAACAAACAUAAAUCGUCAAGCGACAGCGCACGGAAACAGGCGGAAAAAGAGGCGAAGGCUCUACGAUCACAGAAGUUCGGCUUUUUGUUGGAAGAUGAAGACGAUAAAGUCGAAGCAAUCACCGUGAAGAAGGACAAGGGCAAAGGAAAGGAAAAGGAGAAAAGCAAACGUGACAAGCAGAUCCGUAAACGUGAAUACGAUGACAAGGAAUGGGAGAGUGAUGAGGAAGAGAAAGCUAGGAAGAGACGGAGGGCAGAGACGGAAGAGGCUGAGGGUUCAGGCUCAAGGGAUGAAGAUGCAGAAAUGGAGAUACCCGAAAGCGAAGAGGCAAGGAAAGAAAGAGAACGCUUAGAGGACAUCCGUGACAGGGACGCGUUUGCUGAGCGGGUAAAGGAUCGGGACCGAGAGAAGACGAAGAAAAUAGUCGAAGACAGAUCUUCCAAGACGGGUGCUGCAGCUGAAGCAGCACAGCGGAGACAGCUAGCAGACGAUGCCGAGGCUCGUGGAGCGGCUCUUCCAUCCCUGCGGUUGCAUUCGCGUCAGGAAUAUCUUACGAAACGUGAAUUGCAACAAAUAGAACUUCUUCGCAAGGAAAUCGCGGAUGACGAAGCUCUGUUCAGUGGGAUGAAAAUUUCCAAACGAGAGAAAAGAGAUCUUGAACGAAAGAAGGAGCUUCUCAAGUUGGUCGAAGAACGUCUCAAAAUCAACGAUAAAUAUGAAGGUUACAUGCUCCCUGAAGAUUAUAUCACCGAACAAGGCAAGAUCGACAAGAAGAAGAAACAGGAUGCACUCUAUAAACGUUAUGAAGAUGCUAAACCUAAGGAUGACCAAUUCGUAACGGACGUCGACCAGUGGGAAGCCAGCCAAACUAUGCAUAGCACGUUCAAAACUGGAGCUAUGGACAAGAAAGAAAUUGUGGACGACUACGACUAUGUGUUUGAUGAAAGCCAAACUAUCCAAUUCGUUCUUGAAUCAUCCCUCCCAGGUGUAGGCACAAGUUUGACCCCUGCCGAGAAGCUACUGCAGGCUCAAAUUGACGAAGCAGAAAAGAGAGCUAGAACAAUCGAGGAAACUAGAAAAAACCUUCCUAUCUAUACUUAUAAAGAACAGCUCAUUGAGGCGAUCAAGGAACAUCAGGUCUUGAUUGUCGUCGCAGAGACAGGAUCAGGUAAAACAACUCAAUUACCUCAGUACCUCCACGAAGCUGGGUACACAAGUAAUGGACAAAAGGUGGGGUGUACUCAGCCCCGUCGUGUAGCUGCAAUGUCUGUCGCUGCUCGUGUCGCAGAAGAGAUGGGAACCAAAGUGGGCUAUGAAGUCGGUUAUUCUAUUCGUUUUGAAGAUUGCACCAGCGACAAGACUGUGUUGAAGUACAUGACGGAUGGAAUGCUCCUUCGAGAGUUUUUGACCGAGCCCGAUCUGGCAGGGUAUUCCGCCUUGAUUAUUGACGAAGCUCACGAAAGAACCCUCAGCACGGAUAUCUUGUUCGCCCUUGUCAAGGAUAUAGCCCGAUUCCGCCCUGAACUUAGAUUGCUGAUUUCUAGUGCUACUAUGGACGCCGAGAAGUUUAGUGAAUACUUUGAUAAUGCCCCGACUUUUUAUGUCCCUGGUCGUCAAUUUCCUGUUGAUAUUCAUUACACGCCCCAGCCUGAAGCCAAUUACCUACAUGCGGCUAUUACGACGGUUUUCCAAAUUCACACAACGCAACCAAAAGGUGAUAUCUUGGUUUUCCUGACUGGUCAAGAAGAAAUCGAAGCCUGUCACGAAAAUUUGCAAGAAACUGCCCGUGCAUUGGGGAACAAAAUCAAAGAACUCAUCAUUUGUCCAAUCUACGCCAACCUGCCGAGUGAGAUGCAGGCGAAGAUUUUUGAACCCACACCAGAUGGCGCGAGAAAGGUGGUCCUUGCCACCAACAUUGCUGAGACGUCUAUCACGAUCGAUGGCGUGGUUUUCGUCAUAGACCCUGGUUUCGUGAAACAAAACUCGUAUAAUCCAAGAACGGGCAUGUCAUCUCUCACAGUCGUUCCUUGUUCUCGAGCAUCUGCAAACCAAAGGGCUGGUCGAGCUGGUCGAGUAGGACCUGGAAAGGCUUUCCGACUGUACACAAAGUGGGCCUUUGGUAACGAACUGGAAGCCAACACCGUGCCCGAAAUUCAACGGACAAAUUUGGGCAUGGUGGUCCUUCUCCUAAAAUCGCUCGGUAUCAAUGACCUGAUUGGUUUUGAAUUCCUCGAUCCGCCGCCGGGAGAGACCCUGAUGAGAGCUUUGGAGCUGUUAUAUGCCCUUGGCGCCCUUAACGAUCGAGGAGAACUAACGAAACUUGGCCGACGAAUGGCGGAAUUCCCUGUAGACCCUAUGCUGUCGAAGGCUAUCAUUUCAAGUGAAAAGUAUUCCUGUACUGAUGAAGUCCUCACCAUCAUUUCUAUGCUUCAAGAAUCCGGCUCUCUCUUUUACAGACCAAAGGACAAGAAGCUGCAUGCUGAUCAGGCCAGACAGAACUUCGUUCGUCCCGGUGGUGAUCACUUCACUCUACUCAAUGUGUGGGAGCAAUGGGCAGAGACCAACUAUUCACAACAAUUUUGCUAUGAGCAAUUCUUGCAAUUCAAGAGUUUAAGCAGGGCUCGGGAUAUACGUGACCAACUUGCGGGUCUAUGUGAACGUGUCGAGGUUGUGAUCCAGUCGAAUCCAAAUUCAAACGACAUUACUCCAGUGCAAAAAGCUCUUACCUCUGGGUAUUUCUACAACACUGCACAGCUUCAAAAGAGCGGGGACUCUUAUCGUACGCUCAAAACCAAUCAUACCGUGUAUAUUCAUCCAUCGUCAAGUUUGUUCCAACAUCAACCACCUGUCAAGGCUCUGCUGUACUAUGAGCUAGUUAUGACAACCAAAUCAUAUAUGAGACAAGUCAUGGAGAUCAAGCCCUCUUGGUUACUUGAAGUUGCUCCCCAUUAUUUCAAACCCGCUGACCUCGAUCAACUAUCACAAGGCGAUAAGAAGAUGCCCAAAACUAUCGGAGCCUCGAGCGCCACUACCGCCUCAUCAUAG